AUGGCACACUUUUACGAGUGUCCUCUGCGAUUGGAGAAGGGCUUUAUUUUGGAUGGGGUAGCCGUGAGCACCGUGGCCCGUGCCUAUGGCUACACUAGGCCCAAACUCUGGUCGGCUAUUCCGCCCUACAACGCACAGCAGGACUACCACACCCGCCGGUACUUUCAGAGCCACGUGGUUCCGCCCAUUUUGCGGAAAACUCAACAGGAUCAUGGCGGUACAGGAAGGGAUGGCUGGAUAGUAGAUUAUUUCCACAUUUUCGGGCAAGGACAGAGAUAUCUCAACAGAAGAAACUGGGCAGGGGCAGGGCAUUCCACCCAACAGGUGACCGGGCAUGACCACUACAAUGUCGAUUUGAAGCCAGCCACGGGGUUCAACGGUAGGUUUGGCUACCGCCGUAACACCCCAUCCCUCCGUCAUCACACAUCCGUGUUUGGGGAGAUCACUCAAUUCCCUCUCUUCUGA